GAUCCCAGCCCUUCGUGGGCGGAGCAGCGGGCGGAGCCCAAGGGGCGAUCUCGCGGGAGAACUGUUUCGCGCGCGCGCGCGGGAGGGAAACACGUCUCCUGUGAUCGCCUGGGCGUUGGGAAAGAUGUCGCCCCGGGGGCUGGGGGCGCGGCUUUCCAGGGAGAGUUCCGGGCAGGCUCCCGCGCGCAGUACGUGGUUGGGCUCAGGGCUGGCCCACAGAGGUGAAACCCGCAGGGCCUGAGGCGGCGUCCCUCCUGGCGUUCUAACCCCCCGCGCUGUCAGACUGCUGUGGGCCCCCACCCCUAUUCUGAGUCGGAGGGUCCGGGUGGCGCCCGUCACCGUUUUAAAAUCUCGGGUGACGCUUGCUCGGCCAGCGUCGGAGCCGGCGCGCUGUUGUAGGCCCCUUUGGGCGCCGUGCGGCUCCAAGUGCCCGGGUGAUCUCGGGGUCGGUCAGUGCGGGGAGGGUCGUCAGCACAGCAAGCCUAGAUUUUGUCAGCUGCCCGCGCAGAUCUGGGGUUGGAGAGGACGCGGGCCUUAUGUAAACUAACCCCGAGCCACCAGCCAAGCAGACACUUCCCCCCCCCCCCCGCCCCCGCAGGCGUCCACUCUGCAUACUGAAGUGGGGCGUUUGUCCGCUCUGCUCCAGAAAACAAGCUGCGUUCUUACUGUGUUCAGGCUACAGUCAUCCCAGUAUAGCUCUGAAGUUAUGUUGUACAGGGCACUUUGUUUAUUUUCUUCCCCGAUAUUAUUGAGAGAGAAUUAACAUAAGGUUCAGCAGGCAGCACCUUCUGAAGUCUGGCUAAACUGUGAGGAUCUGAAGUGGAACCUUCCUGAAGACAUUGCCAUUAUUGCUGGGCAUACCUCAGCAUCAAUUCCUGACUGCUCUAUGCAGACUCUCCUUGGAAGCACCUUGGAUCACCAUUACUAGAUCUGUUUCAUGCUUCUUUUAUCUCCAGCAUGUCAGGCCCUCUCCAGUUUUUAAACCACUCAGAUCCAGGAAGGCUUGCUACUCGCCAAAGCAAAGGGCUCCAUGAGGCUAAGUCAUCAAAAGUCAAGCAUCUAUCAGUUCACACAUCUCAGAAAACUAGCCCAGUGGCUUGUUUUGAUCUACCUUUUGUGGUUCCCACCAAGAACGCAAUGAUGUACAACAAAAGGGCAGCUGACCCAGUCCGUCCUGACCUUACUGGUUUGUUGGUGAAAAACAAGAACCUUUUGGCGGAGCUAAGGAAUCUUCAAAACAAGCUUCUCAUAAAAGAAACUUCCUUGCAAGAAAUGAAGAAUGAGCUAGAAAGUUACAAAGAAAAUAAUGUGCAACAGUCUUUCCAGAUAAUGUCCCUGAAAGAUGAUAUCAAGGAUCUAGAGGAACUUAUUGCUUCUCUAACCAGAAUUAAAUCUUUGAAAAACACCAAUAUUCAGAAUCUUGAAAGAGGCAACUGGGAUCUAACUGAAAGAAUUAUAGAACUAGAAAACCGUCUAAGAGUACAUCUGUUUGAAAGAGAAAAGGCAGAACGAAAAGCAGGCCUUUUGGAGAAAAAGUUAGCAGGUACUGAUGGAUUCACCCCUUAUAUGAAUAUGAAAGGACAAGAAGAUCCCUUGGAUAGUUUCAUGAAGAAGGAUAAAGGUGAAGCUAUCCUGACCAAGAACUUUGAAAGAGACAUUUUUCACUCUGAAGGACCAAAAGAUGGGCGGAAUAUUUGGAAUAAGCGUCAAGAAGAUUCAAUCCAUAAGGAAAAACAAAAAUAUGAAUUGGACAGACCUCCACAUUCAUUCGGCUGGGAAACCAAAACUGCACGAUCCCACUAUCAGAAAUUCCUCAGUCAGUUGGCUACUCUUCUGAGCAACAGUGUUGUCCCCAUACCAGCCACCGAGCAAGCUGUGAAAGAGAGGAUUCAGGAAAUUGGUGCAAAAGAGAGAUCUUGGAAGUUUAGGACUGAAGGCCUACAGCAGGAAAUUCUGACGCUCACUCAGCGCCUACAGCAGCUGCCACGUCACUCUGAAGAAGCCGCUAGAGAACCGUCCCAGAUGCAAGACAGGUGUAGGGAACAAAAAAGAGCCUUGAAACGUCUGGAAGGAAAAACUGCUGUAAAUGACUUCUUUCAAGAGAGUUUAGACUUGGACAGGAAUAAAGAAAACUCUGGGACUAAGAAUUCGUGGACAGACGAGCAUGGCAAGAUGUCCAGACAGCUAGAGAAAGACAACGAGGAACAAACGUUAUUGAAUAUUCAGCAAAAUUUACAGAUUGCUACAACUCAGAGACUAGAGGAGAAAAUUCAGAAACUUCAGAAACAGCUCAGUGAUUUGAAAUUGUCAAAUAAAAGUAUGAAAAUUCAACUUACAAGAGUAAAUGUCCUUAAGAACAAAACAAUUGAAAAGCUUAGGCAAUCUUUAACACGAGUUGAAGCAAUGAAAGGGAAGGCAGUUAUGAAAACAGACAACUUGAAAACUACAUUGGAUUCUGCCAAGGAAGAGGCAAGAGGGGACAAAGAGAAGGUCCAUCAGCUGUUAGACACUGGCACUCCUGCUGAGUUCUGCACAGCAAAGGGCACACUCGAUAAAGUUCCAGGACAAAAACAUGAGCUUUCUGAUUUUCGAGAAACUAUUAUGAAGAUGUUGGGAUUUAACAUGAGAACAGCUGACAAGGAAAUCAUCAAUCAUCUAAGGCUUAUUAUACAAGAUUAUGAAGCAUCUAACAAAUCGAAGAUUGCAUCUGACUGUGAGACUGGACAGGAUAAUAAAUAAAAAAGCUCUGUCUUCAUUGCUGCCAACAAGAACACAGAAGAUAUAGACAUUUCCUCCAGCAUCUUGAAUUGGCUACAUUAUGAAUAAAAUGCAUUGGGAAUUUUUCACUUGAAAAAUUCUCUCCUUUAAUAUUUGG